GAAGAACAAGAAAUUGUGCAAACUUAUGUCAGAAAGCAAGAUUUGUCUGAAAUAUUGACUUAGAUUACAAAUAUCUUAGAUGAGUCAUAUCUUAAUGAGAUAUUGGAAAAGCUCAGGUAAGACAAAAUAACAGAUUCCCUAGAAUAUCUAUCUAGUAAGAGCAAUAAACAAUAAUCUAAGUUGAAGUAUAUUCAUGAUCUUAUCAAAAAUAUAAGUGAACUUGACUUUAAUAAACAGAAUUACUCAAAAGAGGAAUGUGAAUAAAUUAGAAAGGAGUUAAUUAAAAGAUUGGUUAAUAUGGAGGGAGAUCUAUGA